AUGCCUAAACUUUCGGCGCUGAUCGUCUCGGUACUAUCGAUUUUCGUUUUGGUCGGACUGGUCUCUGCCACUGUCCUCCCCCGGAAUAUCAGAUGCGAAAUUACCGCACCUUACUGUGAAGAUAAAACCGGCCAUUUGAUUACUACUCUGCGCCGUGACGUUCAUGGCGACUACGACGCCGAUAUUGAAGAUCUGAGCGAUUCCGCUCAAGAUGAAUUAGCAGCCCCUCUUUGCAACGACAAUUCUCAAUGCAACCUUGGCCAAAUCUGCAACCAGGGUUUCUGUGUCGCAGGUUAUGCGCCCCAAACAGGAGCAGAUGUUCUCUCAGCGCCGAAUGCUGCUCCGGACGAUGCAAGCGCUGGGGCGGUUUCGUGGGAAGAAGAAGGUGCAGGGGCUUUAGAGAUGUGUGAGGUUAAUGGCCUGGCUGCUUCUAUUGAAGCCUUAUGUGGGCGGACUGGUGGCUUGAGGGAAACGAAGUAUUGUCUACCAGUUGUGGCGCUGAAUGAAUUGCCUCUAUUGGGCACAAAGGCAACCACUAUCGCCUCACCUAUUGCAUGGAUCAUGUAUUAG